CCUCCGAGGAGGACUGCCUCGCCGCCGCCAACUCCCUCCUCGGCGCCGCCCGUUCCGCCAUCUCCAUUCUAACCCACGCGCCCAGCGCCACAGCAGCCAACCGCUUCUCGCCCAGCAUGCUCCUCGCCCGCCGCACUGCUCUACUCCCGUGGCCUCCUGACGGCGCGCAGGCUGUUCGACGUAAUGCCUCACAGGGACAUCGUCACCUGCAACUGCAAUACAGUCCGAUGAUCUCUGGCCACGCUGACGAGGCACUCCGGCUUGCGCUCUAGGUGUCAGGCCUAGCAGCCUCAACUUCUCCAUCGUUUGGUCGGUCGUGUGCUCUGCUUCCCAUGGUUCACGCAGCCGCUGUCCAUCACGGCCCUCCCCAACAGAACUCUGUAGCCGGCAACACCUUCUUGAUGUGCGGGUGCGAUGCAUCUCUUUUGGAGCAUGAACAAGCAGGGCAUCGUGUCAGUGAAUACUGUCAUGCCAGGUCACUGUACAAGGAUCAUGGCCAGAGCAAUGCGGUGUUUGAGUGUUUCCGGUUGAUUACAAGCCAUGGGUUUUCGGUUGACCGAUGCAGUGUGUCAACGGUACUUACGAUGUGCACAGAUAUCGAGGAUUUGGCUAAGGUUACCGGCUCUUGGCCCUUUGCAUCAAAAGAUGACUCCUGCCAAAUUCUGUCAUUUAUAGUGCUGUUAUCGGCAUGCUGUCCAUGUCUGACAGACUACCUGAUGCCGUUAGUCUUUGUGAAAAAAAGGGACUUAGAAACAUGUAAUGUGAUGAUAUCGCGCUAUGCCAGGGGCGGUUUAGUGGAGCAAGCUCUGGGCCUCUUUGUGAUGGCUCUGCGAAAUGGUGUUCUUACUUCAGUUUUGCAAGUGUGCUGAGAUGGAGCUCAUGUUUUGGUCUGCUGAAGCAGGGUACCCAAAUCCAUGCACUGGUAUAUAAACGUGAGUUUGAGGAUGAUAUAAUUGUUGCCACUGUUCUCCUUAACAUGGUGUUUGUGUCAAAGAUUUGUUGAUCAUUGGUAUAUAUCACAAAAUGGGAGAGGUAGGGAAGCCUUGAUUGUUUUGGUCAAUAUUGAAGUGUGGUGUCAAGCCAGAUAGAAUUACUAUUCGGAGCUUUAUCUACUUGUAGCUUGGUAUGUCUGGUUAAUGAACGAAUGGAUAUAAUUUCGCUGUUUAAUUCCAAUUACAUUGUCAUUCCUGGCCUGGAACACCAGGCAUGCAGGAUUGUUUAGACACGCAGUAGAUUUAGUCGAGAACAAGCUGCAGAAGUGCAAUACUGCAGUCCUCCUCAAUAUUCUUGACGCUUGCAUUAUUCAUGAGGAUUUCGCGAUGGCAGAGUCAAACUCAGAAAAACAUGUGGAAACUCAAGCUUCAGUCCACACAGCCAUACUCUGUGUUCUGCCUCAAACAUAUGGUGCGAGAUGUAAGUGGGACAGCGUGACCAGGAUGAGGAGGCCAAUGGAAGCUCUAGGAACAUACAGGUUGAGGGAUGUAGCUGGCUCUACAUCAAGAAUGAUAUUCAUGUGUUUAUAUAUGAACAAAUAUUACAUCAUGAAAGCGAAGCUAACUCUGUAUGCAGUUUUAGAUCUACUAGCUAAACAUGGCUCGGCGCCACCCCACGUACCUGACUUAAAUUGGAACCCUGCGUCAACAGUUACCAAGGUCGAAGACUCCUACUAAGCAGGAGCAGUUUGCAAAAUCGAAAGGUGAACUUGUUGCUCUUGCUGGCUUUCUGAGUGGCCUUUAUUGGAAGUGUAUAUGUUUGAAUCUUUCUGUAUCAGAAACAUACUUGUAGGGAUUAUUAAGCGCAAGAAGAACAAGCAUGAAUGGGAUGAGAAAACUUCUUUGUGGAAAUGGAUUUAUGGCUAUGACCGUGUUAAUAACAUUCAAGACAUUCUGAUCAUUGCAGCCAAAAUGACAGAUGAGCCUGGUGUUGAUCCUUUUCCUCAAAGGAGGGACAUAGGAAGAUUAGGGAUGAUUAUCGAGGAAAGAACAGAGAUGUGAAUUUAAAGAACGCUGCGGAAAUUGGUGUUCUGCCAAGGCAAUAGUUUCCUAUUAUCAUCAUCUGCGCAUCAUGCAUUACUUUUUUUUUAUUAACCAUUACAUUAGCAACUCAAGUUUCUCGUAUAACGCUUUCUUAAAAAAAAAAAAACUGUGCAGUCACAUACAGCUUGCUGCCAGAGCUGUGCCCAUCACAGGAACUAAAACGGAUCUGCCUAGAAAAAUCUAAAAAACAAGAUCUUGCGAAUCUUUAGUCAUAAAUAAGGUUGUACACCCCCACACGUUUUUUUAUCAUCGUUUAUGGCUAAUAAAUGCUUGGGAAAUGUAUCAAAGUAUAAUUUCUGGAAAUUUGUAGAAAGUUUCAAAAGGAGAAAGACAGCCUAUAUCUUUAAUUGCUUACCGUAUUAGUAUGUAGAAAUCGCGCAUAUUCUACAGCUGUGCCGUCCUGCAGCUCUUGCUAUCAAGUUAUACAAAUACAGUUUUCUUGGCCCAGCUUUGAGCUAAUCGAAAAGAUAAUUUCUUUGGUGCGCAAGAAAUCUGUAUUGCACGGGUAUGUACAAGCUUGUUUGAUUUUUUUCUUACAUGUCAGUCUAGUUAUGCAAUAUUUUUUGGAUUGGUACAAACUAUUCUAGAUCUUUGUGAUUCAGCGUCGCAGUGGCCAUUCUCUAGAGUUCUAGAUCUAAGUAUCAAUAUGGCGUUAGCAGCCGUUGACUUUCUUAUUAGGAGGUCAUUAAUAUAACAAAAAUUCAUCGGCGACGACAGUAGGUAUAGAAAUCGAUGUUUGUCAUGAUCUGAUAGUUAUGAUUCUUCUCAGGUUAGCAUACGAUUUGGUUGUUGGAAGAUUGUGACCCCAAGAUCUGUAUCACUAUCAAUCUCAAAUCUUACUCUUCGUAUUAAUUUAUCGGUCGAAACGGUCCAUGAGAUCUACUAGAUGAAUUGGAAGGUUGGGAUUUUGAAAACCUCGUGUGAGAUGUCAUCUCUGAAGUGGAUACAAGUGCGGAUGGUGAUACCAGAAUAUGCGUCUUAAUAUCGAUGAACAAAAUAUGUCUAUAAAUCAUGAAAUAUAGUGUGAAUGGUUAAUCCAUGAUUCAGAUAUUCAUAUUUCUUUCUGCUCUGUAUAUUCAUGUCCACUGCUUGUAUUCGUAUCUUUUUUUUUUGAAUAACCAUACUUAUCUAUCUUUUUAAAAUGACUAUGAUGUGAAUAUAGUUUUUCUAUAAUCCAGCCGCGUUUGAUCCGUUUCCACCAUUGUCGCCAUCUUAUUUUCAUUUUUCUUUCUUCGCAACAAUCUGUGGUGGUUUAUAAUGGCCCAGUUGCCUAUACAGGAUCUCAAUUUUCUAUUACAGUCAGCUUUGUUGCCAGAUUUAUUCUAUUGAUUUCUGUCAACCAUUUAGUUUGUUAUUUCUUGCCGAUGUAUAUUUGGUUGUACAUGCGUAUUUUCAAGAUUUUAACUAUGCAAUUUUCCGCUCUGAUGCUUUUACUCAGAACUGAUCUUAAUUUCUACUAGCAGAUAAUUAUCAUUUUUAAAAUUAUUUUGGAGGAUCCUAACAAAGAAAUAAACUCGGUGUUUCAAAUUUAUCUUGAAAGAGAGCCACAAAUGUUCACAUUCAUCUAAAGGCACUGCAUUUUAUUUUGUAACCUAGGAGGCUAGCACUAUUUAACUGUCCUUAGAUUGUUGUACUUUAAGAUUUAGCUGAUUAAUACUUUAUGAUUGAGCUAAUGAAUACUUUUCAUUGUUUUUCACAGUGCCAGAAAGAUUGUCUUGGCAACCACAGCUUGCAAUGGGUGAUGUUGCUGGUGGAUCACAAGUGCGUCCUGCCUCAGCCUAUCCGCCUGGAGCAACAGUGGCUGCAGGUCCUGGCAUCACUCCUGCCGGUUCACAGCCAACGCCACCAUUGCCUGCUGCAAAUCCAACUCAUCUCACUGCUCAGAAGCAGCUUAUGUACGAGCAAUCGCAGGAGUAUCAGCAGCAGCUCCAGCAACUGCACCAUCGGCGGCUCCAGCACUUCUGGGCCGAACGACGGUCAGAGAUCGAGCAGGCCACCGUCAUCAAGAACCACCACCACAUGCACCUCAAAAGGAUAAGGAAAAUCAUGAAGGCCGAUGAGGGCGCCGACAUGAUGAUCGCGGCAGAAGCCCCGGUGUUGUUCGCGAAAGCAUGCGAGAUGCUGACACUGGAGAUGACGAUGAGGUCAUGGAUGGUCACCGAGGAGAACAAGCGCCGGAUCUUGAAGAAGAGUGACGUCGCCGCUGCUGUUGCCAGGACCGACGUCUACGACUUCCUGGUGGACAUAAUCCCCAUGGACGAGAUGGAGGAGGAGGGGGCCGGGAUUCGCAGAGCCUGGCAGCUGCCGCCCCUGGGGGCUCCGGCUGGCGCAUACCCGCCGCAGCUGCAGGUGCCAGGUGCAGCAAUGGUGCACGGCGGGGAGCAGGUGCCGCAGGGCCAUCUCCAUUUGCCGCAUGUGUGGAUAGACCGUCAGGUGCAGCAACGGAAGGGACAGGAUGAUGCGGAGGAUCAUCAAUCUGAAAGCGGCUGACAACAUUGUGAGCCACCACCCCAAAAAAAAAAAAACGGUUAAAAUUCACCAUGCCGUGUCGAUUUUCCGUUACUACUCCGGGCUGAAAGCUGGCCUCUGGAUUCUGGUUACGUCUUUUCGAUAUGCAGUCGUACUAGCUCGGUUUUAUGUGAUGUGUUCUUCUUGUAUGUGGUUUUCUGAUCCUGGUGAAGCUGAUUUGAUCUUGUCUGAA